UGCUUCUGUUGAUACGUUAAUAGGUCAUUUUCAAUUGCUCUCUUGUACUCACAAUUGUGAAAAAUUGGUAAAAUACUUUUGUUUUGGUGAGCUUAUAUGGGAUACAAGUAUACGCUCCAUAAUAGACAAGUCCAAACACUAUAACAAGAAUAUAUUCCCAACAACUUUUUUCUUUAAUAUAACUAUUGUUUUUCAUUUCAUAAACUCAUUUUCAAGGUAGGCUAUUAAAUGGACAAUAUAUUGCUGUGAAAAUGCUCUCCAAGAGUUCUAAACAGGGUGAUCGUGAAUUUAAAAAUGAAGUCAGGUUACUUGCUCCGCUUCAACACAGGAACUUGGUAAAAUUAGUAGGCUUUUGCAUAAAAGGAGGGGAAAGGCUCCUCAUUUAUGAAUAUGUACCUAAUACAAGCCUUAAUCACUACAUUUUUGAUCAUAUCAAUCAUGAACAUUUGGAUUGGGAAACACGUUACAAUAUCAUAGGAGGAAUUGUUCGUGGUCUUCUUUAUCUUCAUGAAGAUUCUCGAAUACGAGUUAUUCACUGCGAUCUCAAACUCAGCAACAUUUUGCUAGGUGAAGAUAUGAACCCUAAAAUUGCAGAUUUUGGUACUGCAAGAUUGUUUGUCAAGGGUCAAACUCAAGGAGAUGCAAAGACUAUUGUUGGGACCGAUGGAUAUAUGGCGUCAGAAUAUGUAAAUCAGAGUCGCUUUUCUGUCAAAUCAGAUGUCUUUAGUUUUGGCGUGAUAGUUCUUGAGAUAGUUAGUGGUCAGAAGAUUGGUAGUUUCUGGAAUGGUGACAAUGCAGAGGAUCUUUUAAGCUAUGUGAGUAAGAAUAUAUAA